UACUGUUUGUGUCUCUGAGUGUGAGUGAGUGAGUGAAGUGAGUCAGUUUCAAUUUCAAUUUCAAAGAAUCCAAAAAAUCUUCUCUCUCUCUCUCUCUCUCUCUCUAAAAUCGAUAGUGAUAGGGCCUUCUACUUGCUCAACAGUGCAAGUAUAACCAAAACUCUCAGUUUCUCUCUUUUAAGCUUUGCUUUCGUUCAUGGCUGUGAUCUCGAGCCACGUGCUCCGUUCAUUUAUGGAGAAUGGAGUUACGGAUCCUUCACUUUUCCUCUCUCAAUUCGCGUGAAAUUACUUAACUCCCUCUCUCUCUCUCUCUCUCUCUCUCAAAUCUUUUUUAGCUUUUUCCUUUUUCUCCUUUUGUUUUGGUGCUACUGUACAAACCUCGCUUUUUAGCGACUAUGGUUUGAAUCGCUCAGCAAUGGCUUAGAGUUUCAGCUCACAAGCUUCUUCUUCUUCUUCUUUAACUUCUUUUUCUUCAGAAAAAAAAAAAAAAAAAGAUUGAAAUUAAUUGUAGUAGGUAUGUCCAUGAGGGAGGUUUAGGGUUAUAUAUAUUAAAAAAAAAUUUCUAUAAUUAGAAAGAAAAAAAAAGGCUUGAUAUGAAGCUUUCAACAUCGGGGUUGACUCAGCUGGAUCAUGAAGAAAAGAAGUGCUUAAAUUCGGAGCUAUGGCACGCAUGCGCUGGACCGCUGGUGUCCCUUCCAACUCCGGGGACUCGUGUUGUCUACUUUCCUCAGGGUCAUAGCGAGCAGGUUGCUGCCUCUACUAACAAAGAAAUUGAUGGGCACAUUCCGAAUUACCCGAGCUUGCCGCCCCAGUUGAUGUGUCAACUCCACAAUGUCACAAUGCAUGCAGAUGUGGAAACGGAUGAAGUAUAUGCCCAAAUGACAUUACAGCCGUUGACGCCGGAAGAGCAGAAGGAUACCUUUCUCCCUAUGGAAUUGGGGAUUCCGAGCAAGCAGCCCACCAAUUAUUUUUGCAAGACAUUGACUGCUAGUGACACGAGUACCCAUGGAGGGUUCUCUGUUCCUCGUCGUGCUGCUGAGAAAGUUUUCCCUCCGUUGGUAGAUUUCUCACAGCAGCCACCAGCUCAGGAACUUAUUGCAAGGGAUCUCCAUGAUGUCGAGUGGAAGUUUAGGCAUAUUUUUCGAGGACAGCCAAAACGGCAUCUUCUUACUACAGGCUGGAGCGUGUUUGUUAGUGCCAAAAGACUUGUUGCAGGGGAUUCUGUUCUCUUUAUCUGGAAUGAAAAAAAUCAGCUUCUUUUGGGAAUUCGCCGUGCCACUCGUCCUCAAACUGUGAUGCCAUCAUCUGUUUUAUCAAGUGAUAGCAUGCAUAUUGGACUCCUAGCUGCUGCUGCUCAUGCUGCUUCAACGAAUAGCUGUUUUACAGUUUUUUAUAACCCACGCUCUUCUAUCAUAUACAGGGCUAGUCCAUCUGAGUUUGUUGUGCCCCUUUCAAAAUAUGUUAAAGCUGUAUUUCACACACGAGUAUCAGUUGGGAUGCGCUUCCGGAUGCUCUUUGAGACUGAAGAGUCAAGUGUCAGAAGGUACAUGGGUACAAUAACUGGAAUAAGUGAUCUGGACACUGUUCGUUGGCCAAAUUCUCAUUGGCGAUCUGUUAAGGUUGGUUGGGAUGAGUCAACAGCAGGCGAGAGGCAGCCAAGGGUAUCUUUAUGGGAAAUUGAACCUUUAACAACUUUCCCCAUGUAUCCGUCAUUGUUUCCCCUCAGACUGAAACGCCCAUGGCAUCCUGGGGUAUCAUCUUUGCAUGAUAACAGGGAUGAUGCAGCUAACGGGAUGAUGUGGCUAAGGGGGGGAAGUGGAGAGCAUGGUCUUCACUCCCUUAAUUUUCAAGGUGUUGGUUUGUAUCCCUGGAUGCAGCAGAGAAUGGACCCAACAUUGCUUGGAAAUGAUCCUAAUCAGCAGUACCAAGCCAUGUUGGCUGCUGGCAUGCAGAACCUAGGAAAUGCAGAUCUCCUAAGACAUCAAGUUAUGCAAUUUCAGCAGCCCUUCCAGUAUCUUCAACAGCAAGGGAGCCAUACUUCACUCUUGCAGCAGCAGCAGCAGCAACAACAGCAACAACAACAGCAAGCAGUUCCUCUUAAUAUCCUGCAGGCACAAACCCAAGUUUUAUCAGAGAACACGCCACAGCACCUUAUACAGCAAUCACUUAACAACCAACAAGAGGAUCAGGCACGGCAACAGCAACAGCAACAGCAACCACAACAACAUACCUAUCAGAACACACUUCAUAUUCGUAGUGAUCAGCUGCAUCAGAGGCUGCAGUCAAAUGUGCCUUCUUCAUCUUUUGUGAAGGCAGACUUCAUGGAUCCAAGUGCAAAGUUCUCAGCAUCCAUUAGCCCUAGACAAAACAUGGUCAGUUCACUUUGUCCUGAAGGGAGUAGCAAUAUUUUGAACUUCUCCAGAGUUGGUCAGCCCAUGCUAGCUGAGCAGUUACCCCAACAAUCAUGGGCUCCAAAGUAUACACAUUCACAGGUCAAUGCUUUUGCCAACUCAAUGUCACACUCACCUUAUCCUGGGAAAGAUGCUACUGAAGAGCCAGAAAAUUGUAACUCUGAUUCUCAGAAUCCUACUCUUUUUGGUGUUAAUAUUGAUUCAUCUGGACUUCUACUCCCUGCCACUCUGUCUACUUUUGCUACAUCAGUUGAUGCUGAUGUGUCCUCAAUGCCAUUAGGGCAUACUGGAUUUCAGAGUUCUCUGUACAGUUCAGUGCAAGACUCCUCUGAGUUAUUGAACAGUGCAGGGCAAGUUGACCCACCAACCCCAUCUCAGACUUUUGUCAAGGUUUAUAAAUCAGGGUCGGUUGGGCGUUCACUAGACAUCUCCCGGUUCAGCAGCUAUAAUGAGCUGCGAGAGGAGCUGGCGGAGAUGUUUGGAAUUGAGGGAAAGUUUGAAGACCCUCUUAGAUCAGGCUGGCAGCUUGUAUUUGUUGACAGGGAGAAUGAUGUGCUUCUCCUUGGAGACGACCCUUGGGAGGCGUUCGUCAAUAAUGUUUGGUAUAUCAAGAUACUUUCACCUGAGGAUGUCCUUAAAUUGGGAGAGCAAGCAGUUGAAUCGUUCAGCCCACAAGGAGGUCAAAGGCUGAAUAGCAGUAGUGGUGAAGCUCAAGACCUUGUCUCAGGGCUACCAUCUCUUGGCAUGCUCGAGUACUGAGGUUGAGGUUAAUAUAAAAGCAUAUUACAUAUAUUCCCAGAAAUUGUUUCUAGUUUCACACGCUGAUAAAUCCAAAUAUUGGAUAUGCUAGUUUUGGUGUGUGACACUGCCUAUUUGCCUUUGUUUGGCUCGCAAGUAUGUUGUAUAACCUCUUUUUCCAAGACUCUAGUUGUAAUGGGUUUGACUCUUAUGGAGAAAAAUAUAAGUUCACUACCUAGAUAAGAAAAAUAGAACUAUUGAAUUUCUAGCAAAUUGAAACCUGUCCUAAAAUCAUGAUGGACUGCUGGUGGUAUUGCUUUCAUGAAAGUAGCAUUUGAUACUCAA